AUGGCAGUUCAGUCAAAAAGAUUCAAGCUCAAGGCAAUGUUCAUGGCAUUGAUAGGGAAGCCAUUAUAUGGCAUAAAUGGAGAACUUUUACAUGAUGGGAAAUAUGGCAUCUUCCCAUUCACUGUCCAGCAAGUAGCACAGAAAUCAAGCAAGAAAAGGACAAGAGGGACUUUGGAAACAAAGGCACUCCAGAAUAUAAACAGAGAAGUUAUCAGGGAGAUGCUGCUUACAAAAGUUAUCCCAGCCAUCAAGUCAAAGUGGCCAGAAAGUCUGGCCAAGGAUGUGGUAAUUCAAUGGGACAAUGCAAGGCCUCACAAAGUUCCAAGGGAUGCAGAGUUCAUUGAAGCUACUACCACAAAUGGCUUCAACAUUCAAUUUAUUUUUCAGCCAGCACAAUCACCUGAUUUGAAUGUGCUUGAUUUAGCGCUGUUUAGGUCUAUACAAUCAUUGCAAUAUCAGUCUUUUUUUACAGACUUAGAUGAGCUAGUUCAAAAGGUGAAAGACUCUUAUGACACAUUCGAUCCAGAGGUUAACAAGUACAUCUGGGUUACUUUGCAAAAUUGCAUGAUUAAAAUACUGAAGGCAGAAGGUGGUAACAAGUACAAGAUUCCACAUAUGAACAAGAAAAAGCUUGAGAAUAUUGGCUUUCUACCGGAAAUAGUUGUAGUCCAGAAGGAGGUAGUAGUGGAGGCUGUGGAGUAUCUAAACACUAUGUUUAGGCCAGCUAAUCAGGGCAAUGAAGAAGUCACAGAAGAAUUGGAGGUGGAUGCAGAUUAG